CAAAACUAUAACAGGAUUAAAAAAAGAUCUCGAUAAAAAGGUGUGAAUUACCCCAAACCCACCCUCUGGGUGAGCCCCAGCAGGGUGGUGGCGCUCGGGGGAAGCGUCACCAUCCGCUGUGAGGUUUUGUACCUGGGCAUGGAGUUCUCUCUGCGUAAAGCUGGACACCCGAACCGGCAGGUGCGGCAGGUACCUGAUGGGACCGUGGCUGAAUUUCCCAUCCCCAGUGUCGGCCGGGAGGAUGGAGGGAGCUACACCUGUGACUAUCGCUCCAUAACGCAACAGAGUCACUGGUCAUAUCUGAGCGACCCCGUCGAGAUCAUUGUAGCAGGCUGCUGGCUGGCCGGGCACAGCGGGGUGUGGGGACAGCCCAGCUACCCCAAACCCAACAUCUCCCUGCUGAGCCCCAGCGGGGGGGUCUCCCUGGGGGGAGCCGUGACCAUCCUUUGUUGCGGCCAGGACGAGGGCCUGCAGUUCGUGCUGAAUAAAGAGGGACGCAAUGUCCAAUGGGUGAAUUCGGACUAUCUCGCUCUGUUUCACAUCAACAACGUGCGCCGGGAGCACGGCGGGAUCUACAGCUGCUCCUAUCACAACCAAUCGCAGCCGUCUGCCGUGUCGUACCCCAGCGACCCCAUGGAGCUGGUGGUGAGAGGGCGCCCAGAUUUCACCAACACCAACAUCACCCGCCUGGUGCUGGGCGCCAUGGUCCUGCUCGUCCUGGGGCUGAUCCUGGCUGAGGCCUACUACAGCCGUCCGAGGGGGGGUGCCCUAGGAGCCUGGAUCCCCCCAUCUGGAGAAGAGAAUCUCCCCAGGGAACAAGCUGCUUCCCCUCAGGGCGCUGAGACACCGGCACAACCCCCCCUGCUCCCAAACACCCCUGCCCCGGAGAAUCCCCCCCAACAGCUCCCAAUCUGACAGCGGCACCCCAGGAUCGAACCCCCGCUGACGUGUGUGACGUUGUGUGACUGAAGUGGGGGAUUUUCUUGCUUUUUCCUUGGUUUUCCAAUGGUUUGCAUGCAGAGGGGGUGGGACUCAGUGCUACUCAUUUAACAAGGG